AUGGAUCUGGAGGGAGGCCACAUCACAUACAGUAUUGACACGCAGGUCAUUGAAGUCGUCAUUGGAGAAAUGCUGUGGGAUCCCCGAGGACGUAAAAACUCUCACAAAAAAUGCGAUGCACAAUUUUACUCUGAAGAUCCGUUAGGUGACUACGCGGUCACCAUUAAGACGCCUACGGAAUAUAGGCUGGCGAUAAAGCACGUCGGUAUCGGUAUCAACAUGAAGCAGACCCCAUUGGCAAUUCAAGCUGCCAAGGAGGUGACCAACGUGUCCAAGCUCACCGGUAUGAUCCAAGCCAAGGCCAUCGCGUUUGUCCGCGUGCAAUGUGCCGCCAACUCUAAGACCAUUGCCAAUGUUCUCAGGCUGAUCUGGGCGUUUUCAAUCGGCCUAAAGCAUUUAUGUGGUGGAGUGGAUUCUCAAACGACGUGA